GUCUCCAGAAGCCUCUCCCACUAUAUCACACCAUCCUUGGGGCAGAGAUGCCCUACCUGCUGCACCAAAUCUUAAAGCCUAUUGUUAGUCUGAGAUCCCUGAAGUAGGACUUUCUCUCCAGGAGGAACCCUCAUGUGACAAGGCCAAACUGGGGUUUCCACCUCCAAACUAAACAAACUGGAGAUCGCCAAAUCCCUCCAAGCUACAAGUCCCAGGACCUCUAGAUUCCACAUUGAUGCCCCUCUAGUAUCUUUGACAAGAAAACCCUAAAAGGGGUUGGCCUGAAAAACAACUGAAAUUAGGGUUUACAACAUGCCUUUUAUACAUUCUCUUAUUGAUGCUAUCUACAUUCCCAUUUCACAAAUGAGGAAAUUGAGCCUCAUAUAAUUUUAUUGACUUGGCCAGUCACUAAGCUCUCAGGUAUUUGGGGCAGGAUUUGAAUCUAGGUCUCCAGGCCUCUUCCUGCCAUUGAUCUACCAUUCAUUGUUCCAUACCAUCCUUUGCUACCACCUUCCCUCCCCUUUCCAGCUCACCUUUCUGUAUCAUCUUCUCCCAUUGGAAUGCAGACCCUUUGAAGGCAGGUACCAUCUCCUUUACUUGGUAUUUGUGUCUCUAGCCCAUAGCCCAAUGGAGGGUCCAUAAUAGGUGCUUUAUUCCGCUCCGAAGACCCACGGGCUUUCCGUGGCCUCCCCUUCCUUCCUAGGGAAGAGAUGGUUCUUCUUGGUUUUAUCAAUGACAAACCUGGGAGAGGAAAUGAUUUAGGGGCCAAACGCCUUGGCAAGCCUUCUUUUGUACCACAUUGCUUAUCAGAACAGGAAAGAAUAAAUGAGAAAGCAUGGACAUAUUUACUAGGUGCCAGGCAUGGAGGACAGAAAGACAAAAACUAGAUAGUUGUUGCCCUCAGGCUAUGUAAGAAUUUUGGAUUGGGAAUUCUUUUGACUUGUGAAUGGAGCCACGGGAAGGUCGACUGCUAUUCCCUUUCCCCCAGUCAAGGAGGAUGGAUUUUGUUUCUGUUCUCCGAUGGAGCAGGGUUGGGUCCUGCUUUGCUGGUGGGUAGCUGGAUCCGAAGGGAAGCGUGGCAUGGGGAAAUCUAGGCACAUCCCUGCAAUGUUCAAGGGUUUGACCUUUAAGGAACCAAGACUGGGUUGCCUUGAAGUUUCUGAUUUGGGCAUGGCUAGAAGUCAUUCAUAGGUUGAGAAGGUUAAAGGGCUGGGGUUUGGGCUCUAGUUUGGAAGAAGAAAGUGAAUGAAGGGGAAAGGUCAACCAAGAUGACUCCCAAGCAGUCCAAAGAAGUUGUCUCUCUUCCCUUAGGUUGGCAGGGAGCCAUGGCUGUAUGGAGGGUAAGGGAAUGUCUGGUCUUUUUUUCCCUCACUUCUGGGGAAGUUGGAAGGGGGGUUGGGCAGGUUAGAGGAAGCCGGAGUGAGCCACACACAAAGCCUGUGCCUGAGACUGCCUGCAUUCCUGCGGGCCCGGAGCUUCCUGUUCUGGGCCAGCCACAUUCCUGACCCAAAGUCACCACGGAGAUAGCUGGGCCCCUCGAGGAAUCCAACCUCACAUUCCCCAGAUGCAGGGCAGGGUUCUUUCACUCCCAUUCUUCCCCUUAUCUACCUUGGAGGGAUUUUCUUUUCUUCUGUCCCUUUCUAGGGGGAAGAAUAGAGUGAACUUUGAUCUUGACUCAGGUAUCUCCUCUCCCUCACCCCCUCCAGCUUCUUUGAGUUGGAGGAGAAUGGGGUGGAGAGGAAAUGCAAGUGGGGCUUAGGAAGUCUCUGUAGCUUCUUCCCAAAUUUAUAGCUACAAAUUGGAGUUUCAGUUGGCCUUCUGGCAGCCCUGCUUGGAAAAGAUAUUUCUUCUCUCUUCCCAGUAGGAUCUAUUUAUUUAGUCUCUGAGGAAAAGGGUUGAGUAGAGUUUUGACCCAGCCUAAAAUGAAGAAUAAUACUUUGCACAAAUGUUUUUGUUUAGUCACCAUCAACUCUUUGUGACCCCUAUUUGGGGUUUUCUAGGCAAACAUACUGGAGUGGGCUGCCUUUUCCUUCUUCAGCUCAUUUUCCAGAUGGUGAAACUGAGGCAAAAGGUUUUGCCUAGGUUUUUAGCGUUUGAACUCUGGCUUCCAGAUGGAGAGGCCAGCACACAAUCCACAGAGCCUCCAAACUUUUCAUUUGCAUAUGUCUCCAUCUCCAUAGCUCCUCGCCACAUUCCUGUAAGGGGAGGGGAAUGGGGGGGUACGAGUUAUAGUAAUCUCCAUUUUACAGAUAAGACCCAGAACCAGCGAAGGGAAGAACGUUCUUCUUUAGGUCAUUCACCGAGUGCCUACUUUGUGCAAAGUCCGGGGCCGGAGCUGGAGGAAAUGGUGGUGGCUGUGAAGCACUUCUGGGUGGCUGUGUGGUGCUUGGUGCUAAGAGCAUCUAUCUUCGUGUUCAUGACAUGCCCAGGGUACCUUCUCCUGAGUCCCAGGAUGGUGAAGGCUCCAUGAGAAGCUCCGGGGAACAGGCUUCAAGGGACUCUUGGUUAGAAAUGGGGGGAGGAGAAAGCCCUUCCACUGCUCCCUCCAGUUUGGCUUUGGACUCUUCAAACUUGGCGCUGGGAGGGAGGCCCAAGAUGGCCUCUGUCACCAUGGAGCCCCCUCCAGACCUGGACCGGUUUCUGGCCAGCCGAAAACUAGAGCAGGUGGUGGCAAGGUCCUGUUGGCCCCGGUCUUCCCCAGCGACGUUACCCAAGUGUUGGCAGCAGAGGGAGCAGGGAUCUGAAGUAUCCUCAGAAGUAACUAGAGAUCAGAAUGGCACCAAGGCAGAACCUGGCUCACAGGCUGGCCCAGCAGAAUCUCUGGCAUUGGGUUCUGAGGCUGAUGCCUGGGCUUGCCUCCCAGGGCAGGGGCUGCGAUACUUGGAACAUCUGUGUUUGAUGCUGGAGCGAAUGGCCAUGCUCCAACAGCUUCAGCAGCAGCUCCAGCAGCAGCACCAGCAGAUGCCAACUGGCACGGAAGGCACGAAUGAGAGCUCAAUUCUUGCCCCUUUUCGCCCUCGAGUCUCCUCUGUCUUGGGGCCUCAGGAAUUUCAGAGACUAGUGGAGAAGACAGGUAAAGUGGAAGAAUCAGUUUUGCCUCGACAGGCACAGAUGCACAGUGUCAGCACACCAAGUUUGCUAGAGGGACCAGCAGGAGCUGCCCACACAAUCCCAUCCUACCAAGGCCACAGGAAUAAUCUCUCCCACUGGGACAAAGUCAAAGCUUUACUCAACAGAAUCAGAUGGAGGAGCCCUCGUGCCUCUGAACCCUCUUUUGCUCAAGACCCCCCUGCUCCCAGGAGAGAUUCAAAGGAACUACCGGAAGGCCCUCUGCCUUGCUCCUCAAGGAGGACCUUUUUGCCAAGUUUGGUAUCAAAGAAACAUCGAGCCAAGAACUUCUCUGUCUGUUGAAGCCAAAGUCCUUUCCUUUCUCUUUCUGGCAAAUCAUGGGUGGGGCAACACCUCCUCAAUGCAAUAGCCUUUAACUGGUUACCAUGACCAGUAGAAUCUCUCUCCUUCAAGAUUGCUGGAAGAUGGGGCUUCUGCACAUUUCAGGAAAUUGAUUCCUUCAGUCCCUCUACUCAUUGAAAUCCUAUAACUUGAUAUACCCUCUUCCUUGAAUUGCUGCAGUCAAAAGUUCCAUUGUAUUGCCAAGUUGGUGAUGAGUCUUUUUGGCCUUGGGCUGGUCCUUGGUUAAAAGACACACAAUCCAUCCCCAAGCCCAGCUUUGAAGCCUUUCUAGUUCUAUAAGACUGACCAGAGUUUGGGGUCCACUUUCAGUCUUCAAGAAUCAAGGGUCACCAGGUCAGAAUGAAAGAGGACUGUAUUGGAGGUGGGGUUCUAUGGACUGAAGUGUCCCCUGCUCAAGUGCUUUCUGUCCUAGCUCUUGUCCCAUUGUCAGAAAUCCCUCCGAUUGUACAAUGUGAACUUAUUUGUUGUGCCUUUAUGUGAAGCAUUUUGUGGUAUAUGAUACCACAGGCCCUAUGCUUCCUGUUACAGAUGUGUAUUUAUGUGUAAUUAUAUGUAGAUGUGUUUAUGUAUAAAGGUGUCAAUGUGA